CUUUUCUUUUUUGCUUCUUUUUCUUUUUUCCUAUGUCUACUCAUAGCCUUUUAUAUCAUGAACUUUAACUCUUCUGAUUCAGGAAUAGCAAUAACAGUAAACGGCUACCAUUUUGACUCACCUAAAUUAUUAGAAGGCGUUGAUAAUGUCGCAGUAGCUCAUGGUUAUAGAAAACAAGAUAAGCUUCCAGUCAUAGCCAAAUUGUCACACCAGCCAUUACGAUUAGAAAGAGAAUAUCAUAUUGUACAACGAUUAUAUAGGCAGUCUUCUUCAGCUAGAAAACUACUAUGUAAACCACUAGAGAAAAUUAAACUAUCCAGCAGUGAUUCGAUUGCAUUCAUAUAUGAAGAUGUUCAGAAUAGAUUAGAGAAUUGUCAACCGUACAACAAUACACCUGAAUUACACAGUAAUGAUAGCACAACAUUAGAAAACAUUAACCCCUAUGUACCACUAGAAACAUUUCUUGACUUUGCAAUCCAAUGUUGCAACUGCCUGGAAAUGAUCCAUAAGCAUCAAAUUGUACAUGGAGAAAUCAAAUUGAAUGCUUUUCUUUGGCCUGGUAACAAGAAUAGCUCAGUCAAGAUUUGGAACUUUGGUUCUAGCUCCAGUAGUCUUGAACAGAGCCUAACUUCAGAAGGCUGGAGAAAGACAGUACAUCGUAACGGUGCCAACAACUUCUUACAGAUGCUAAUUUACAUGUCGCCUGAACAAACCGGGCGGACUACUUUCCAACCUGAUCAUCGUACAGACCUCUACAGUCUUGGCAUUACUUUAUGGAUUUUGUUGACCAACAGCCUGCCAUUUGCACACAACAGCCCUAUGGAGAUUAUACACAACGUACUCAACAAAAAACUUGCUCUAGUACACACUGUAUGUAUAGAUAUCCCAGUUCCAAUUUCUAUGAUUAUUGAAAAAUUGACAAACAAGUCUCCAGACGAAAGAUAUACCAGUGCUCAUGGUGUAAGGGAAGACCUGAAAGAAUGCUUAAGACAACUCAAUCAGCAUGGCACAAUUCAUCAAUUUCCUUUAGGAAAAUACGACAUUGCCAGCAUUUUUACUCUACCUAAUAAUGCAUGCUUUGGAAGAACACAAGAACUAAACUUGAUCAAUACAAUUAUUCGUCGUACAGCUUACAUGUGUGGAUCACAUAUCAGAAGACGCCGCCUAAGCUCAAGCGGUGUUACUGCAGUUGCUGCAGCAGUGAUGUCACCUCUUAAACUUAGUACGAGCGAGCGUGUUGAUAGAAACAGCAGUAACAAAAUCCAUCAUAAUCGAAAGCGAUCUACAGAAAUUAUUGCGAUCUACGGCAACACAGGUGUUGGUAAAUCGACAUUAAUACGUAACGUUCAACAGUUUGCAAGAGAUUAUGGAUAUAUUGCUAUUGCUAAAUUUGACAGAAGACAGCCUACACCAUAUGGAUGUAUUCUGAGAUGCUUAUCUAUUUUCCUUAAGAAUAUUUUAGUAGAGCCCGUAUCUGAGAUUGAGCGUUUCAGACGCAUGCUUAAAGAUCAAUUAGGGGCAGAGACCAUUUCUCAACUUCCUACUCUUCUGGUUGAUAAUGUUCCUGAAUUGGCUUCGUUUCUAGACCAGCCAUCUUUACAAAGAAUGUCAAGCAACACCAGCAUCAGUUCUGCAGGUUGUGAAUGUGACAUGGAAAGUAGUGAAAUCAAAUUAAGAUUCCAUUCAGCUUUUAUUGAAAUCUUUCAAGUGAUGGUCAAUUUUAAAUUUGUUACAUUGUUUCUGGAAGAUCUACAUCAAGCAGAUGAAGCAUCCAUUGAAUUAUUAGACUCACUUGUAUCGGCAAAACUCAAUUUCUUGGUUAUACUAUCGUAUCGCAACAACGAUGUCUCUAGUUUAAUUACCAAACUGUUGUCAAACGAAGACUCCAUUGUCAGCUAUGUCAAAAUUGAAAAUUUGCAGCAAAUAGCCGUCAUGGACCUUGUACGCACAACUAUGCAUCGACUAGAAGAAAUUGAUCUUGUGUUAUUAGCGCCGCUUGUCGAAUUUAUCUAUAAGCGUACGAAUGGCAAUCCUUUUUACAUCUGCCAGCUAUUAAUGACGCUGGAAAAGAAGAAUUUGAUUUAUUUUACUUGGGAAAAAAGACGUUGGGAAUAUAAUAUUCAAGAGAUUGAUAAAGCUUUGCUACUUGAGAUCAGUAAUGCUAACAAAAAUGGCGAUAUGGACAUUCGAUUUCUUGUAAGCAGAUUAAAAGAGCAAUUACCGCAGGACGGUAGGCGAUUCUUGAAGUGGGCAUCCUUUUUUGGUAACAGCUUUAAUUUUGAAACUGUUCGAAAUUUGAUGCGGGAGAAUGAAGAUAUGGAUGACGACGAAGACGACAACGACGAUGAAGAAGCUGACCAAGAUAGUUCAAAUGAAGAAUCAGUUGUAUCUCCUGUUAGCCUCAAAUUAACUGAGAAAACAGGCAAGAAGAAUCAAGACUGCAUCAAUGGCCUUCAAAGUGCUCUUCAACAAGGCUUUAUUCAGGCUGGCAAUAACGACAAUUUUCGGUUUACUCAUGAUCGUUAUUCUCAAGCAGCCAUGUUGCUUGUCUCCCCAGAGAAGAAGGACGAAUAUCAUUUUCGAAUUGCUUCGCAUUUUAUCGUCAAGAACCAUAUAGAUCGAUUUUGGGUAGCUGAUCAUGUUAUGGCUGCUAUUCAUCUUAUUCAGAACGAAACUAUCAAGUCACCUUAUCGAAAAGUGUUGUUGCAAGCUGGUGAUAAAGCAUUUGAUUCGGGUGCUCAUACACUUGCUUUUGAUUAUUAUACUGCUGCUCAACACUUGUUAUCUGCUAAUCCUUGGAAAGACGGACCAGACGCUCGAUAUAUCGAGACCAUUCACUUGUAUACUCGACUAGCAGAAAUUGGUUGGGUGACAGGUCAUCACAAGACUAGAACAUAUUUGCAAGCUAUUUUCAAGCAUGCUCAGUCAGCCAUCGAUCGUGCUACUGCUUACAGAGUGCAACAUCGUUAUCGCUGGUCUCGUACAAAAAGCAAAGACAGCCCUUCUAUUUUGCUUGAAUGCUUGAGAGAAUUAGGUAUGGACGAUAUCAAGAUGGACCUUUCAGAAAAAGAGUUGGAAGAAAUCUAUAUCUAUACGCGUAAAGAGGUAUUGAAAGUUGGCAUGAAUAAUAUCUUGAGGCUUCCUAUUUGUGAAAACCGAUUGAUUCGUACACGAUUCACAAUCAUGGAAGAACUGUGCCUAUGGGCUUAUUGGACAAACGACAUGCGGGCAAUGUUGGCCAUAGGCUCACAGUUUGUGCUUAAAACUUUGGAGAAUGGCACAACGCCUUCAACAGGCGUAGGUUUUGUUUUCUUUGGCAUUGUGUCUAUGCAGUUAUUCAAAGCAUAUGCGUUUGGUGAGCAGAUAGGUGAAAUCGGUGUGGCAUUAUGCAAUCAUUAUGGUGGUAACUCUGAAUCAGGUCGUGCAAGAUAUCUCUAUGCUACGUUCUUAAGUUCGUGGAAGCACCCUUUUUAUCAAUCGAUUCCUGUUGCCCGAUUAGCUAUGAAGCAAAGUUUAUUGGGAGGUGACCGUAUCUAUGCUACUUUUGCUCAUCUUUAUAUGGUCGCUGGUAAUUUGCUGACGGGUGAAAACAUGGCUGAUUCUCUCAAAGAAGCCAAAAAUUGCUUGGAAGAAACAGAUAGUUUAGGCGAAACAGUGGGAACUUCUAUUAUGGCAAGCACCAUGAUUCGCAUCAUCUUGGCUGUUCAAGGUAAAACAAAACUAACAGAAAGCGCUAUUUUUGAUGACAACGAGUUUGAAGAGGCAACAUUUAUCAAAGAAACCCAAAAACUACAUACAGCUGAUGCUGAUAUGCAUCUGUAUUAUUACUAUGCUAUGAAAUCGUGUGUCUUAUCCUUUUUUCAUUUUGAUGCAGCCUCAGUCAAGCUCAGCUCACAACAUAUGGCUAUGUCAGAUUCACUUCCUGGACAACGUCAUACACACUUGAUGCUAUUUUAUCGCUGUAUCAGUAUCAUUCGACUCAUUAGAAACAAACAACUCGAACGCGAUUAUCUAAAGCAAGUAGACAUUGCUCGAGGAAAACUAGAAGAAUGGGCUCAGUACGCUCACCCAGAUAAUCUUCAGAUGUUCAUCACCUGCAUUGAAGCUGAAUUGGCAUGCUUAAAUAAUGAUCAACCCAUGGCUCAAAAGUUGUUUGAUUUAGCCAUUCGACAAGCAAGAAAAGGAAAAUGGCCCAUUGAAAUAGCUGUGAUGCAUGAGUUAGCUGCUGAAUACUAUCUUCGACAAGAUAUGCCUACAAUUGCUUCAGUUCUGAUUGAGAAAUCAAUCAUCACUUGCCGACACCUUGGUAUCUUUGGUAAAGUCAGACAUUUGGAGAAGAAACAUGGUGCGAUUUUACAAGAAACAACAUGGCAAGGACAGACAAAAGACACUAGUACACAGACAGAUACUCCACAGCCAGCACCUAAACGUGAACCGAUUGACUAUUUGAAUGUGGCUGAUCCUUAUGCUCCUCCCGCAGAUACUGUGCAACAAGACAGCCCUGAAGAAACACUCUUGACAUUGGAUGUGGUUGAUUUAGCUUCUAUUCUCAAGAGUUCUCAAGUUAUUUCCAGCGAGAUGAACUUUGAAUUACUUAUGAAGCAAAUGUUAGGCAUCAUUUUGGAAAACUCAGGAGCAGAAUCAGGCGUCAUUAUCGUCAAGGAAAACACGUCUUUUUUGAUUGUCGGUUGUGGUUCACAAACGGACGGAUGCGAGAUUUUCAAUACACCAAAACCCUUAUCAGAAGAGGCUGAUUCUAUCAUUACACGUAUUGCGCAUUAUGCAAUUCAUGCUCAGGAAUCUAUAUUUAUCGUCGAUGUACAACAAGACUCCCGAUUUUCAGAUUGUACAACACAAGCCAAGUCAUGUAUAUGUACACCCAUCAUUCAUAAAUCAGCUAUUGUUGGUUGCAUCUACAUUGAAGGUGCUUUAGGUUCACUGACAUCACGACAUGAAACUGUGUUGCGACUACUAUCACAGCAAAUCGGUAUCUCUGUCACAAAUGCACUUUUGUUUAAGAGCAUACAAAAGGUCACUUAUGCCAAUGUCAAAAUGAUUGAGAACCAAAAGGCGGCACUUGAAGAAGCACGAAAAAGCAAAGAGGCAGCAUUACACGCUAUGAAACUGAAGGCAGAUUUCUUGGCUAACAUGUCGCACGAAUUACGUACUCCCUUCUCUGGGUUUUAUGGCAUGAUUUCGUUGUUAUCUGAGACAACAUUGGAUGCCGAACAAAAAGAUAUUGUACAUACUGCCAAAGAGAGUUGUGAAAUGCUAUUAAAAAUUAUUGAUGAUUUGUUGAACUUCUCCAAGCUAGAAGCUGGUAAAGUGACAUUGGACUUGGGUGUCGUCGUCGUAGAAGAAGUGAUUGCCGAUACAAUUGAGAUUCUGAGCUCAUUAGCAGCACGUAAAGGUCUUGAACUAGCUUAUAUUGUCGAUGCUGAUGUACCUGAUACUGUUGUGGCUGAUUCCUCUCGCUUGCGCCAAAUCUUGACUAAUUUAUUAGGCAACGCUAUCAAAUUCACGCAUUUUGGGGGCGUUGUUAUUAAGUGUCAUCUUGACAUGGAGUAUGAUGAAAAUGACGAUUUUGUCCAUCUCAAGUUUGAAGUGAUUGACACAGGUAUCGGUAUUCGUCCCGAGCAACAGUCUCAACUGUUUGAACCGUUCUCCCAGGUGGAUGGAAGCACAACGCGCAUGUAUGGUGGUACAGGACUUGGUCUUUCUAUUUGUUUGCAGUUGGUACGACUUAUGAUGGGUCAAGUAGGUGUUGAAUCGCAGUACGAAAAAGGGUCCAAUUUUUGGUUUACUAUUGUUGCAAAUAAGGAAAAAAAGACAUGUAAUGAAAAGACCGCUAAUGCAGCUGCACUCCGGUCUUCGCUGCGUAAUCAAAGUAUUCUGUUGGCUUCCCAUAGUGAUUUGAAUGCAAACAUGGUUCGCUCUUUAUUGAGUGAUUUCCAUAUGAAGCGCAUUGAAGACAUGCAUCAUGCUGUCUCUCAGGCAUUGCAAGAACAUCAUCCUGUCCUGAUAUUAGAUCUUCCUCCUAAGCCCAGUGGUUCUAUCGCACAUCAAUUACAGAGCGUAGCUGACGAUCCUGAAUGUGAAUUACAUAUUGUUUUGUUGUAUACACCAUCAACAGAAGGUCAUAAAUUGGCCGCUGAAGCAACAAACUCAGCAUCAGAGCGUCGUGGUCGAAUUGUGAAGAUGGCUAAACCAGUACGUCGACUUAAGCUUUUGGGUCUAUUGGACCAAGUCUUGGAUCCUCAACAAAACGCACCAACUCCACAUUUGCAGCCACCUAUGGGCAACCUAAUGUCAGACUAUUUCAAACAAGAUGAAUUGAGCUGGUAUGCAAAGAAGCCUGUAUUAAUUGCAGAAGACAAUAUGGUGGCACAAAAACUUCUAAGAAAACAAUUGGAAAAACUAGGCUUCUUGGUAGAGAGUGCAAAUAAUGGUGAGGAAGCUGUAAACCUAUGGAGUCAAAAACCACCUAGUUACUUUUGUUUGGGCUUUUUUGACCAUCAUAUGCCCAAGUGCGAUGGUGUUGAAGCUACGAAACGUAUUCGUGCACAAGAAUCAGGCACUGGAACUAGAUUGCCUAUUGUUGCCCUGACAGCAGAUAUCCAAGCUUCAGCUAAACAAAUCUGUGUAGAUGCAGGUAUGGACGGCUAUCUAACAAAGCCAUUGAUACCCAAGGAUUUGGCGGCCACUUUACGUAGACUAGGCCCUGCCAUUCAAAAAUACUAUGAGAGUUCAACGAAACAAAAACCAUACGAUACACCUGUUUCAUCUGCACCACCAUCACCCAUGUCAUCAUAAAACAUAGAUUUGCAUAAUAAUAAUUAUAAUAAAA